AUGGCAUCUGUUACCAAUUGGAGUGUUGCUUUGUUGGCGUUAAGUUUCUUUGAUUACCGUAAGUUUUUAAUCUUAUUAUUUUUGGUCGCCUUAAUUAAAGUAAUAGCACAGGAAUGGACAACUAGACCUUCGUAGUUGACUGUUUACCGCUCAGUAAAGGUAAGUGUAGUGAUGUGCCUUAACGAUUAAUGAUGGCAGACACGAAAAAAUUGAAGAAAAACUAAGAGUAAAUCGACAAAACUUGGUGUAACUGUUAGCAGUUAUGUUAAAUGUAAGUCUCCUUUUUGAAAUUUAGUUAAUAUCAAUUAUGUCAUUGCAAUGCAUGCUAUAGUAUGACUGACUUCGCCUGGAUUAGCUGAUUCUACCUGCCGACCAGUCUCUUGUGCGUUGUACAGUCGACUCACUUUACUGCGGACACUGUAGGGACCUCGAGUUGGUGUCAUCAUCAGCGAGAGUCCAUAAUAGGGGGAGUUUACUUCAGUCAAAUCUCUGUAGUUUAUUUUUUCCGGGGAUUCAGUGCUGUUAUCAGGGUGUCCGCAAGACGAGAGUCGACUGUAUUUGCAAUUUAUAUACACCGUAUUCACAAAUGGCGGACACGCGGGAAAAAACUGGUGCCUAGUCAUGAAAGCGAAGACUGAAGUCUUUCAGUGAACUUGCAGAGUGUUUAACACGGAUUCCACCUAAAAUAACUUUCUACGGACUUCUUUAUAAAUACAAUUACGUGGGAUUAGUAGCGAUUUGCUGUUUGCAAUCAAAAGGGACGCGUAUAUCUUCAAGGAAACAGAAUGAUUUUGUGGGUUUCCGAAGCAUCAGAAGCUUGACAAGUGGGCGAUGGCUGGAAAAAAGCGGCAAACAUGUUGACCCAAACUUCACUUUGAAACCGAGUACGAAAGCCAGCUCACUGCAAUUCGUUGAAACAGAAAUAUAAACAAAUCUUGGUGGCAAGAAAAAAAGAAAUAAGCGACAGAUGUAUGGCCUACUUGCAACUGUUAAUGCAAGAGACGUCUGCCGUUGAACAAAACAGUUCAAGUCGAGAUGGAAAAAAGGAAGACAGGAAAGAAGAGGUGACUGAGGUUUCGAUGAAGUUAUGUUUGGUUUUUGUUUGCCAGGACGUUAUUCUCUGGUCCUUAUCAAUGAAGAACAUCAAUUAGACAACGGGGUUGACCUUUUUUUUAAGCGGUUUUUCGGAAAUUUAUUUUUAAUGUGCGGAAGCGAUCGAGAGGAGUACGCUCAAAAUUUCAACUUGUUACUCGGCAAACUCGGUAAGCCGGCCACAUAUCAUUUCAGCGAGUAAUUUCGUAUUUCUUACCUUUGGCUGUUAAGAGUUUUAACUUUAUGUUUCAUAAUAUUUUAAAGUUGAAGAAUACAUAAAUAAAUAAAAUGAUGGUCUUCUUAAACUGAUCCAGACUCGAAUUCAGUUAUUCGAAACAGAAGCUUGCCGUGUUCAGUCCUGACAAAAACAUUGCCUUAAAAAUUUUACCCUAGUAAAAUGUAAGCUUUAUACCACUUUUUUACCAAGAGCUCUCUGAGAUAAUGCCCUAAAAGAAACCAGGCAAAUAGCAAGCCAUAAGAUUCACACUCUACAGCUUCUAAUUUUGAUAAAAUUAUUUUUAAUUAUUUCGCAAUGACAAAGAAAUCAUGAGAUGUUUGCUAAGCUCUGCCAACGUACCUCUAACAAUUCCCUCCAAAGCGACGGAAUUAAUCUAAUCCAAUACAGAACUGUAGUGAUCUGGCUUUCGUAUUCGGUUUCAGUGUGAAGUUUGGGCCAACAUGUUUGCCGCUUUUCUCCAGCGAUCGCCUACUCUUCGAGCUUCUGAUCGAUGCUUCGGAAACCUACAAAAUCAUCCUGUUUCCUGAAGAGAUACGCGUCCCUUUUGAUUGCAAACAGCAAAUAGCUACUAAACAUUAAAAGCAGAAGACAUCCCACGUAAUUGUAUUUAAAAAGAAGUCCGUAAAAAGUUAUUUUAGGUGGAAUCCGCGCUAAACACUCUGCAAGUUCACUGAAAGUCUUCAUUUGCAAUUUUUGUUUAUCCUCCAACGCCUCGCUUUCAUGACUAGGCACCAGUUUUUUCCCGCGUGUCCGCCAUUUGUGAAUACGGUGUAUAUUUUUGUAAUAAAGUGGGAGGAGGAUUAUCGCUUACCCAGGCGCUUACUUAGGUUAUAUUGUAAUCUAGGUUCCUCAGCUGUUUCUUUGGUUCAAACGCAUUUCCUCUAUUGAUUUUAAUAAAGAAUCCAAAAAUUAAAUUUUAAGCUUUAGGAAUUUAUAAGAAGUUGCUUAAAGUUUCUACACGUUGAGAUGUUAUAUAUACAAAUUUCGCACAAAUCCUGUGUUAUUUUAACCCUGCUUUGAACUAAUCCAGUCCCAAAACCCAUCUGUCUUUUUUGCUUGUAGCUUUGCUAACUGUCUGCGGAAACCUCAAGCGCAAUUGUAGAGAGGUUGAGAAGUACUACAACCAGACAAACAAUAAUAUACAAGAUCCAAAAUUUGACUUUAUAACAAAGAUGUUUUUACGUGCAAUUGUAGAAGAUCAGAGGGAGGAUCUUGAUAGUAGAUGUGCAGGUGAAUAAUAUUGUCACGCUUGUCACACUCUAGUCUGCGUAAAAACCGUUUUUAGUGUCGUCACGUAAUGCUCCUCCCCACUAAAGGAGCGUUGCGUGACGACACUAAAAACGGCUGUGUAGCAGACUAGUCACACUCCCCCUUGCCGUCGUAUUUCCUCUCCCGUCCUGUUGCGUAAGUUCACUAAUAACGAACCGUUCACAUGAGAAACCUGAAAACGUUAGCUCGCGAUCGGCUAUAAGGCGGGUCACCCUUUUGUGAUGGUAGGGUCAACAUCUAAUUGUAAGGCAUGCCGGGCCAAAUUUUCUCCAUAUAAACACUUUGUCCACUCGAUCAUUAGGCGAGACAAUCAGAACAUGCGCUGGUGCUGUUGACUUGGACAAAAAAAAUUAACUUUUUUUCUCAUACAAACAAGUUAAGUUUACUCGGUGUGUAGGGUGACCUUGGCUUUCUUCCCGGGAGGGGUUUUCUCCGUAUAAACGGUCUAAAAGGGGCCUAAGGUUUUAUUCACACUAUCUUGCAUAACUUAUCUUGCCGACACGAAAAGCUGUUCGAUAUAGUGUGAACAGCAAAGAAACAGAACUGUAACCUCCUAUACUUGAACAAGUCGUUCACACACAUCGAACAUCGUGCCGGAGCGGUUGGCCGUGCACUAAAUCCCAGCCCUCACUCCGGAAUAUUUACUUCCAUUUCAGUGGGUUCCAGACCUUACUCCAAUUAUUCAUUUCCGCUAUGGUCCGAUCUGUUCCCACUAAGACAAAGUGUGGCACAGAAUCUAUUGGAAGUGUGACGCUUCACUUUCAAGGCCGGCGAGGCGUAGCUUCGCUCCGUUACAGAAAUCGCGUCAAAAAUCACCGUUCUUAGUGUGAACAGAAGCUCUAUCCGGUAUGGUUUUCGUUCAAGCGCAAGGGCUAUCCGAUACAGCGUACACAUAACCUGAGUUUAACCACUAUUAUGCGAAUCAAAAGCGACAGGCCUUGACAAGAUCUUCGUGAGUGCGCUGACCUUAUCGCCUCGUCUGUUUGUUGUAUUUUCAAUCUUUCUAUUACAACAGGUAUUUUUCCUGAAGAAUGGAAGUGUUCUAAAGUCAUUUCACUCUUAAAGCAAGGAGAAUGCUCCGACUUUAAAAAAUAACUACCGUCCGAUCUCUAUAAUUCCUGUUGUAGGGAAAGUCUUUGAGAGAGUCGUUUAUGAUCAGUUCUAUAUGUAUUUAACAUUUUCCCCCGAAAAAUGACGUCUGGGGAACGAGCGCAGAAAUUCCAUACUGAUGACGCGUCACUACUCAGAUCUGGGUUGUGCUUCUGAUUGGAUGAAGCAAAUUUCCCCCGCGGUACGACCAAUCAGAACCAUUACUCAGAUCUGGGUAGUGACGCGUCAUCAGUAUGGAAUUUCUGCGCUCGUUUCUCAGACGUCAUUUCGAGGGGAAACCAGUGGUGACGUCGCCAAAUGUCGGCUGUUUUCUCAGUCUAUUUUGCUAUUUGUCAUAGGGAAUUUAUAUCAGUUUCAGUGCUUUUUUACAUACCGUACGAAUUUCUAUUCGUUAUUCGUCAACAUUAUCAAAACAGGAAUAUAGCCAAACAUGAACAAGCAGUUUUACAUUUCCAAUCUUUAUGUGUAGUUGGGCAAACUCCCGUAAGCGGCCACUUAACCCUUAAAUUUCAGUUUGGCCACAUCGUAAGCGGCCAGCUCUAGUAACCGUCUCCUUUUUCCCGUCCCGAGGGUGUUCGCUUACGAGAUAUGGCUUGCACUGUAUUUUGAAAUCAUUUCUGCGAAAUUGAUCCAUGGAGUUCUUCUCUGUCCUGUCAUUUGUAUUAACUCAUGGUUUGACUGUUGAUACGCAAAUCUUUCAGGUCAAGAUCAAUGUUCUCUCGGCACGCAUGACUGCAAUCCCAAUGCUUAUUGUCAUGAGACCCACCUUGCCUACAACUGCGAGUGCAAACCGGGAUAUGACGGAGACGGAGUCAUCUGUGGAAGUAAAUUUUACAAUUGUCCAUAACUCUAUAUGCUAUACAUAGGGUUUCACCAUUUAACUUAAGUCCAAGCUUUCUUACCUCUUCACGAUCUAAGGGAAAACAGCAUCAAUUUUCUUCGAACAAUUUCGAUACGCAAUCGAGAAAAAAGGUUAUGAGGAUUUAUAAAUGAUCACCUUGGGUAAUAGGUAAUCUCUUAAAAGCCCCACGAAGGGAGAGGAGGGAGUUGCCAAUUCAAAAGUGCAGAAGCAACCCUUGGUAAUUCAUUUAUUUCAUCAAUGGUAUUGCUAAAAAAAGCUUUAACUGGGAUACAUAAAGCAGACGGAAUAGAUGAACAUCACAACAAUAAGUUCUUUUAUAUUAUUUCUGUUUUUUAGCAAUAGACGAAUGCGCUACAAACACACACAACUGCCACAGAGAUGCUAUUUGCAAGGAUACCACUCCCUUAUUUACCUGCACUUGUAAACUGGGAUACCAAGGAGAUGGAAAAAACUGCACAAGUAAAUAUAUCACUUUUAUUUCGCUACUUUGUUUUAUCUGCGAAGUAAAGACGUUAAGAUCGAGGUUUGGCCAUGUCACCGAAAACGGCCGCGAUCUGCGGUUAGCGGGUUUGUGUCACCCCGUCUGCCCAUAUUUAAGGCUAAUCGCAGGUGUUAGCUUGCGGCUGCCAUGUUUAUUUUCAUUCAUUCACUUCCUAUUCUUUUAACCGAAAAAUCGUCUUUAAAUUACGUUUCUAUGAAAAAGACUCGAUAAUUGAUAAGCCGGAAAGAGCUGUAAAGUAGUGUUUCCUCUCAAAUGUGGAAUUGUUCGUAUAGACGCUGCUUACUGUACAUUUAUCUAUUGCAAGUUUGGUGCAUUUACGUAACGUGUUGAAGUUCAUUUGAAUUUGUUCUAUUUUUCUGGUACUUUCUGGUUUUUCAUUUUUGGCGACAAGAGCUCAUUAAUGAAUAAUUUACAGCUUAGUGUUGUUCUUCUGUGUUAUUUUAUUCUUGGUUUGCAACAACGUAACAAGGCGGCCAUGUUGGGAGUCAAUACAAUCAAAUUUUUUCUCGAAUAAUUUACAUGAAAAUUGAGUUUAGUUUCCAGAGGAGAAAAAUGGGUUUGUACUUGACCGCCAACAUGGCCGCCGUUAAGUCACGUUCGAACCAGCAGUAGGCUGAUUUAGCAACAGGACGGGAACGCCAUUUGACGACGGGAAAGCGCGCGGAAAGGACUAAACAAGAUUUCCGGUGCCCAAUUUGCCGCUCUGCAAUUGGUCAAGCCAGUUGUUUAAUUUGCGCGCGGUCGUCAACUGACGUUCCCGUUUUGUUGCUAAAUCCUGAGCCUCAUGUAACAGAGAGUCUCUCCUAGGUAUCAACGAGUGCUCUCUCAACACCCACAACUGCAGCAAAAAUGCUAUUUGCACGGAUUUAACUCCCUAUUUUACCUGUCAUUGUAAACCUGGAUAUAGAGGAAACGGAUUCAAAUGCACAGGUAAAUAA